AGAGGAGAUUCCUUUGUGCCUCAGUCUCUAGCUCCCCAAGUCCUCACCCGUCAGAAAUUAAGUAGCCGGGAAGAAGUUUAAAACUCGGACAAGGAGCACCUGCCACCACAGAACCAAGUCAGACAAAGCUGAUGGCUCAGGAGAGGCUGGAAUGCUCCAGGGCAGGCGUUGCCAGGGGACCACAGCGGCGUUAGCAACGCGCCAGAGUCCCAGGGCCCGGAGAAUUUCCUAACCGCCCGCUGGCGGUUAAAAGCGCGGCUAGGGUGGGAGGCGGAGAAGCCUCGGCGGAGAGUAGCGCGGCCACACCCGAGGUCCCAUAGGCAGCGGCCUUCGCUUUCGUUUCUCACGGAUCCCGGGUCUGUGGUCACCCGCAGUUUCGUUUCCGAGGCGUGGCUGAGGGCGCGGCCCGGGACACCCAUGGCCUUAGUGAGCCGCCCUCGAGCCCCACUGUGGCUUGGGCGGCUGUGCGCGCGGCGCCGGGCCUGCACUGGGACCAUGGCUCGGCCGCAGCGCUUCGCGGUGGAAAUGCCGGAUUGCUCCCUGAUUCACUUCGUCCUAGGGGACACGGCGAGCCACUCGGACCCACGCCUGGCAGCGUUGCUCGGGCCCCCGGGGCGCAGCUACGCGCUGUGCGUGCCAUUGGUCCCGGGCACAGGCUGCGGGCCCCGGGUGCAGGCGGCCCGGAUGCAUCAGCGUCUGCUGCUGCAGCUGUGCCGGGGCCCUUUGCAGCGGUGCCGGAUGAGCAAGCUGCUAGGCUACAGUUCCGGCGACCAGGACGGUGAAGUCCAGCAUGGCUUCCUGCUGCGAGACCCUUGCGACCACCCGGACACUCGGAGCGCCUUGCUGCAGCUUCUGGGCUCGUGCCAGGAGGUGGCGCACCCGCAGUUAGCCGAGUUCCAGGCCGACUCUCAGGGUUUGCUCUGGCAGCGCAUGUGGGAGCUGCAGGGAGACAGGCAGGUGCAAGUGGACUGCGCAUGCGUCCUGCCGGCACCGGAGCCCCAUCUGCACCCAUUGCUGCCAGAUCUGCUCAACUCUGCGGUGUUCCAAGACCGGGAUGCUGCACGGGCGGUAUUGGAGGAGUGUACAUCCUUUAUUCCAGAAGCCCGGGCAGUGCUUGACCUGGUUGACCAAUGCCCUAGGGACAUCCUAAAAGGAGAGUUCCAGGUCAUUGCCAUCGAAGGCCUGGAUGCCACUGGUAAAAGCACCUUGACCCAGUCGGUGUCAGAGUCUCUCAAGGCUGUCCUCUUGCAGUCACCACCCCCCUGCAUCAGCCAGUGGAGGAAAAUCUUUGACAAUGAACCUACUAUCAUUCGAAGAACAUUUUACUCUUUGGGCAAUUACCUUGUGGCUUCUGAAAUAGCUAAAGAAUCAGCCGAGUCCCCUGUUAUUGUAGACAGGUACUGGCAUAGCACGGCCACCUACGCCAUAGCCACUGAGGUGAGUGGAGGUCUGCAGUACCUACCCCCUGCCCACCACCCCAUCUACCAGUGGCCAGGAGAUCUGCUGAAGCCUGACCUGGUCCUGCUGCUCACGGUGAAUCCUGAGGAGAGAGUGAGGAGACUGCAGGGCCGGGGCAUGGAGAAAACUAAAGAAGAGGCAGAACUCGAGGCCAAUAAAGUGUUCCGUCAGAAGGUGGAAAUGACAUACCAGCGGAUGGAGAACCCAAGCUGCCACCUGGUUGAUGCCAGCCCCUCAAGGGAGACUGUCCUGCAGAAUGUUUUGCAGCUGAUUCGGAGCGCUGGUCAUUAAUUGCAGUUCCUCUGCCUCACUAUGCCAGAAGAGAAGUUAUGUGCUGCAUCUAGACUCAACACUUAUCAUGCUGCUUCUUAGAGUCAGGUUGCGUGAGAAUGUAGAGGGGAGGAAACUGGAGAAUGGGCAUUUUUGCUCUGACCAACAAAGCCAGCCAGCUGCGGCUGGUUCUUUUCUGCCUAGCCACAUACCAUCUCCUUGGGAUAUAUUUUCACACUGUGACCACCUAGAAAGAUCUUCUGAUCCAGCGGUGAGCCUGUGGAGGUCUUCCUGCACCUGGAAGCUGAGGAUGUCAAAUGUGGCCCACAUUGAUCAGUUGUGAUGGGCUAGCCUCAUCUCCUCUCACUCCAAAUCCUAUAGCUGAGCAUUGUCCCUAACCCUAAUCCCAUUUGCUUGGAGCCGUUUAUGGGUGGGGACACUCUCAAAGAAGCCAUUGAUCUUGUUCUUUGAGCUCAAAGGCUCAAAGAAGACCUUAGACAGUUCCCUGAGGGAGCACUUCAGACCUGAAUAGACAUGCGCCCCUAAGCUGCUAGCAUGCCAACCCCAUCUUCUUCUCCUUUCCUUGUCUGUAUUCCAUUUCCUCCUCUGAAAUCCAGUUCUGAGUGUAAUGAGCAGUCUGCGCUGAGCUGGAUGUGUUGCACUUACCCAACACACUGAUUUGUUUAUAUUGAUGUUUACGUUGUGUGUUUCCUCAGUGUAGGAGCUCUGAGUCACUAACCAAAACUGAGGCCAAGGAGCUAAAUGCAGCGUUGGCUGUGUGUUUUCACAACACAGAUUUAAUUUAUCUGAAUAAACACCGUAGAUUCUGGAAUGAGAUCUCAUAGUAAAUUAUCUUGCACUUUGAAUGUCUCCUGAUUGCAUGUGAAGUCAGCUUUAAGGGCUCUUCGGAGAGAGGAAAGAGCUGUGGAGGAGAAUCCUGGUGGCUCUGUAGCCUUGGCUGAGGCAUUUAACAUAGAGAGUGUUCAUGGUUUGGUCUGAAAGAGGACAGUUGGUGGGCCUGGUGGCAUAACCCUCCAGCAAUAUUUACUUGGGAGGCUGAGAAAGAAAAACUGAACAUCCAAGGCCUUCCCGGGAUGCAGCUUGCAUUCAGGGCUAGCCUGGGCAAUGUAAUGAGACCUUGUCUCAAGAUAAAAAGUAGGAAGGGGACUGGGGGUGGAACCCCACAGUAGAACACUGUACUGAACAUUCUAUCCCUGGGUUCAGGCCCUGGUUUCAUUUCCAGUUCCAUAAAAAUAUAAACAGAAAAACAAACAAACAUGAAUGAACAAUUAAACAGUAAAAGGAAUUAAGUAAUCUUUGGUCAUAAGGAGGUGGCUGGGCCAGGCUAUUAUUUAACAUUCCAAUUCUGAUGUGGACGCCCUCUAUAUCAUUUUUUCCCACAUUCUGUUUCUGAAGAAGAAUCCAUCCCCAAGUAAUGACAUGUGAAGCCUUAACAGGUUUACCCUAAUCUUAAGUUAUAAUAAGAUUUAGUAUUAGCCUAUCAAUAUUUUUUCACUUUUGGAACUAUGUAUAAAUUAUAAAUAAUGUGUCUAUUAUCUAAAUACAUUCAUUGUUGGCUUCAGUAGAACGUGUUUUUAAAGCUGAUAAAUAACGUUAGGGCUCUCUGUCAUGUGGCAGCUACUUCCACAAAGGGUUUUGUUCAAGCCUUUCUGAGAUGAUUGUGAUAGAGGCUCAGAAGAAAGUCUUAGUGCUCUCUUUAUGAAACCUGCAGUGAAUAAACUUGCUGUGACUUUCCUAACCUGA